AUGGCAAAUGAAACUUACAUGAAAAAUGUUGACAGCUUUAUAAUAACUGGAUUUGAUCACCUGCAGAACCAAAAGCUUCUUGGAUCUCUCAUCUUGAUAUCCUACAUGUUUAUAUUGAUUGGGAACAUUAUCAAUCUGUGUAUCAUCUCAACUGACAGACAUUUACACAAACCAAUGUACAUAUUAAUCUGUAAUCUAGCUGUUGUUGACAUAAUGUACUCCUCAACCUGCAGCACAACCAUGAUCUCAGUGCUGCUGGCUGAGAUUAAAAUGGUUUCAUACUACUCUUGCAUCACCAGAACGUUCUUCUAUCAUGUUGCAGAUAUUGCAGAGUGCAUGGCUCUGACAUUAAUGGCAAUAGACAGAGUUGUUGCCAUUAGACUUCCUUUAAGGUAUCACAGCAUUGUAACAAACUUGCGAACAUUUUGUUUUAUUUUUGUAACCUGGCUCAUGGGUUUUGCAGCAGUAGGUUUUUUUACAUCUGUGUUGGACAAGUCCCCAUACUGUCAGCCUCUCAUCAAGUAUGCGUUCUGUAGCUAUUCAUCUCUUGUCCGAGCUGCCUGUGUUGAUCCUGAACCCUAUUUUGUAAUUUCUACAAUAUAUAGCAUGGUGCCAUUGUGUGGACUGUUUCCCUUUGUUAUGUGCACAUAUGCUUUUUUGGCAUAUAGUGUGACUAAACUGUCCAACUCAAGCAGAAAGCAAAUGAUCAACACUUGCUUGAGUCAUUUAAUUGUCCUGCUCAGUUAUUAUGCACCAAAGGUGGUCACUAUUUUACUUACUAGAAUAGGUGUUGUUUUGACUGUAACGGAUCGAAAUGCCAUUUUAAUUGCUGCCUCUCUUGUGCCGCCUUUAAUAAACCCCACCGUUUAUUGCACCAGGACUAAAGAAAUCAGGAGACGAUUAUCAGACUUCUUUUUGUCCACAAAAAUAUUACCUAAUAAUUUCAAAUAA